AGUGUCUUCCUCGGCGGGAUGGGGACGACUCCCGGCUUGAAGGCCGACUGCGAGGCGCUGCUCAGCCGCUUUCUGGAGACCGACAGCGUGCGCUUCGAGGACUUCACGGAGCUCUGGAGGAACAUGAAGUUCGGGACCAUUUUUUGUGGGAGAAUGAGAAAUUUAGAAAAGAACAUGUUUACAAAAGAAGCUCUAGCUUUGGCUUGGCAGUACUUUUUACCUCCAUACACCUUCCACAUCAGAGUUGGUGCUUUGUAUCUGCUAUAUGGAUUAUAUAACACCCAGCUGUGUCAACCAAAACAAAAGAUCAGAGUUGCUCUGAAGGAUUGGGAUGAAGUUUUAAAAUUUCAGCAAGAUUUGAUCAAUGCACAGCAUUUUGAUGCAGCUUAUAUUUUUAGGAAACUACGACUAGACAGAGCAUUUCACUAUACAGCAAUGCCCAAAUUGCUGUCAUACCGAAUGAAGAAAAAAAUUCAACGAACUGAAGUUACAGAAGAAUUUAAGGACCCUGAUGAUCGUGCAAUGAAACUUAUCACUUCCGAUGUAUUAGAGGAGAUGUUGAAUGUGCAUGAUCAUUAUCAGAACAUGAAACACGUCAUUUCAGCUGAUAAGUCACAGCCAGACAAAGCUCUCAGCUUGAUAAAGGAUGAUUUUUUUGACAACCUUAAGAACAUAGUUCUGGAGCACCAGCAGUGGCACAAGGACAGAAAGAAUCCAUCCUUAAAAAUUGAUGGAGAAGAAAAGAGGGAAGGAAGUUCACAAGAAUCAGAGAGAUGUGAAAGGGCAGAAUCAUUAGCAAAAAUAAAAUCAAAGGCCUUUUCCAUUGUCGUUCAGGCAUCCAAAUCAAGAAGGCAUCGUCAAGUCAAACGGGACUCCUCUGACUCUGACUCUGCAUCUGGUCAAGGACAAACCAAAGCACCUAGGAAAAAAAGGGGCAAGGAGACAUCGAGACCAGCAGCAAAGAGGGUGUCUUCCAGAAACAAGAGUAAUGUACAGAAUGUAAAUAAGGAAGAUAAAUCUUUGAGAUUGAGUAUGCCCGUAAUUACAGAAGAAGAGGGAGAGAAUGAAAGUUUUACUGAAACAGAGUUCACCGUACCCAAGAGGAAAAGAAAACGCUGAACAAAGAGCCUGGUGUAGAGAUUUUAAUUUGGAGCUUUCUGUCAGAAGAUUUGUGACUGGUGUGUUGAACACAAAGACUGUCAGUAUUAAAAAUUAUUCUUCUGGGAAACUAUCUGUUAUUUCUUUGAAAUGUGAAUACCCUAACACUGUUCCAGAAUGAUAGUAUAAAAGGUUAGAGUAAGUAUUUACUCUGAAUUUUAAUUUUUAACAUUUUCUUAUGUAUAAAUGGAGGUAAAAUUUGUAUUUCAUGUAUAAUAGAAAUAAUUGUUAAUUGCAGAUUAUUGUUUUUUAUAACUUUGACAUUUUUGUUGUUGUUGUUGUUGUUGCAGUUUGGCCUGGCCUGGGGCCGGGUUUGAACCUUCCACCCUUGGUACAUGGGGCUGGUACCCUACUCACUGAGCCACAAGCUCCUGCUUUGUAUAUACAGUCUGGUAAUGGAUUUGUUUAUGAUGUGUAUUUACUAUUUUGUAUGUUGCGUAAUUAACUGCAAUAAACUUUUUGUCUGUGUGCUUUAUUUUUAAAUAU